AUGAACAUGUCACGUUCGAUCACUAACGGUACAACAGUGAAAGACUAUGAAGAUUAGUGAGUUGAGCUUUUAUCUAUAGCUUCCGUCAUUCGAAUGAUUAUUACCAUCAGACUUGCCAGAUUACGGGCCGGGCCGAGAAUUUGCUGGCCCGGCCCGAUCGGCCCGGCUAAAAAGGCGCGAAUUCAAAUUUUUGGGGGAAAUCUAUUUUUUCGUUUUUUUUGCGGGGAUCAAAAUUAAAACUUUUGCUUUGAUGCCAAUAAAAACUAUUUUUGAGAACUACAUUUCUUUUUUAUGCUCGAUACUUGCAAAAAAAAAACAAACAUUGUAUUUAAUCAAUAGUUCAAAAUUUGGAUUCCCGCUUUUUGAACCGGGCCGGGCCGGAGUUUUGAAAAUUUUGGCCCGGCCCGGCCCGUGGCAACUCUGAUUACCAUCAAUACUUUAAUAGAAGGGCACCCCAAUAUUGUCCAUUCAAGACGAUAUAUCUCAGCUACCAGUAGAGAUCAAAUAGUUGUAAAUUUAAAAAAUGUGCAAAAUAUGUCCCUGAGCAAUUUAUCAGUGUAUCACGCUUUGGUACCUCUACCGGCAGCUGAGAUAUAUUUUUUUGAAUUGACGGUAUUGUGGUGCCUUUGUGGUGCUUCCAUCAAAUCUAUUGUGAACGCGUUAGCGUUUAUUAAUAUUCAAACUGAAAAAAUCUACAUUUACAAAAAUCUAACCAGUGAGUCCGUGAAGAUUUCUCCUAUUGAGUGCUCAAUGCGCAAAAUCAUUAUUACGGCUCGAUAAAAUUGUUUAAUGAAUGUUGUUCAGUUUGGAUUUCGACGAGGAGCCACAAGCGCGCACUGAACAUGAGAAAGGAUCACCUUUUGUGUAUCAGGUGAGUGAUAAAUUAUUAAAUCCUAGUAUGGAAAAAUAAGGUUUUUUACGCCGCAAGAGCCAUUUCGACUGAACAUUCAUUAUUUUUUAGAUCAUUUUUAGUUAAAUAUAGAUGGUAAAGACUUUACUGAGACUCAGUUGCAGUGAAUGCUGCGAGUGACAGGGAAGUUGAUCUUAAGAUAUUAUUAUAGGGUCACCGCACAGAAAUGGCGCUAUGUUGAGAAACUCUUUUUGCAGUGCAAAUUGAGCGACCUCGGGGCCGAGUUUGAAAAGUUAGUUCACAUUUUCAGUGGAAAAUUACUUCGCGGCUUAGAAAUUCGGCCAGAUUGCGAAAAGCGCGCCCUUUCUGUCUGGUCCCCCCUAUAAUAAUGCGUUUUGCACGGCGUGCUGAACAGAGUUGAGCGGAAUUCCGUCUGCCGUCUUCCGUCUUCCGUCUGCCGUGGAUUUUUUUGUUCCGUCUUCCGUCUGCCGUCUUCCGGGAAAAAAGUUUUCUUCCGUCUUCCGUCUGCCGUCUUCCGUAAAAAAAUUUUUUUCCGUCUUCCGGAUUUCAAAAUUCCAUUUCCGCUCAACUCUGGUGCUGAAGCGUAUGUGCAAAAUUAAGUUCAAAUUUCGCGGAAAAAAUCGCUCGUUUGAAUUCGCUGCGAAGCGACUCAAUUGCAUGGCUGGCACAGUGCCAGGGGUGAUACGUAGUCUAUUGUUGAAUAGAGCGCAUUUGCAGCCAUACGCUUUAACUCGCCGUGUUUCCCUGUCGUGCAACAUGACGGGUUUGCACGUGGGACUGCGGUAGAGCGACAUUGCCAGAACUCGGCCACCGAUUUGCAGAAUAGCGCGAUUGCAGAGAAAUGCCCCUAUAAUUACACAAUUUUACUUUUACGAAUAGAAAUUCUAGCGUUAUGGUUUCUUCCGUGCUGCAAUACCAAUAAUGCCAUUAACGUUGGCUGUGCUCUGUUGUAUGCUGAACUUCGUGGUUCCCGGAUCAGGUGAGCAUAAAAACGACGCUCUCAAAAACCAGAUCUUCGAUUGUUCAGGCACAUUUCUGAGCGCAGCGUCUCUCUCAUGUUGCUCGGAUUCUCGCGAUCGAUCCCGUUGGAGAUGCUUCUAUAAAAAUCUGCUAGCUGCAAUACUUCAGGUUAUUCAGAAUACGUUGUAUUUAGGACAGACUCAACAGUUAACAAAAAUCAAAAGACGUUUUAUUCCCAACAACAUUUGUCCCCCAAUAGGUUUUCUGCUUAAUAUUGAAUACUUUUUCAGUUUCUACUCAGUCCCCUGAUAAUUGGAUUCAUAUGGUCUGUGCUAUGGGGGUUCAUGUUCAUUCAAAUUGCUCGCAACUGGUUUAUUUCGGAUUUGGAUCACCGCACAGACUGCUUCUUGUGGUGUCCUUGUAGUAACUGGUGAACGAAAACCUUAAGUUCACUCUAUUUGCAAAGUUUAAAACUAUUUGAAUUCAAGAUUUAGAAACCCAAAACAAUGAUCAAAGAUUAAAUAAAAACGAAUCGUCCAAAAAUCUUCGGAAAUUCUACACAUUGAUGGCUAUAUUUUUCAUUCCGAAGACUACGCAACCAAACUUAUUAAAUUUUUUUGGCAACAUUGAAACGCAAUCGCCCUUCUUCAGUCGAAGUUUAAAAUUAGCACGGCGGCGCAAACUGUGAUUGAUAUACAGUAGCGGCCACUGAAAUAUCCCCUUUUGGUUUUUCCGCUAUAACUUUUUUUUAGAGAAGAGCUAGGAACUUGAGGUCAACUGUGAAAAUGUUGCAAAAUGAGCCAGAAAAAUGAUCCAGUUUAGCUCUUAUCGAUAAAAAUUUUUUUUUUCAAAAAUUCAAAAAAUUCGAUUUUUCGAUUUUCAACAAAAACCGGUUUAUUGCGAUUUCACUCGGGAAACGACUUGUAAAUGAGGUAAUAAGCAAUAGAAACAGCUUAAAAUUGAUCAAUACUUCGUUGCAAACCCUCGAGAAUCGAUAACAGCUUGACAUCUUCUUGGCAUCGACUGGAUCAGGCUGGUCAAAACAGACUGUGGAAUCUGAGCCCACGCAGUCUCCAACUGAGAGAAUUUCUCGUCGUACGGAUACCGGAAACGCGUCUCUCAAGCUCUUCCCACAAGUUUUCGAUGGGUUUGAGGUCGGGGCUCUUGCUGGGCCACUCCAUUACAGUCGCACGGUUGGUGGCGAACCAAUUCUUCAAAAAAAGGUACUGAUCGUUUGAGACAUUUAACUCAUUUUGAUGUGGUUGGAGGUGUGUUUUAGGUCGUUAUCUUGCUGAAACAAGUAACGCACCCUCGGGGAGGCACGAGCGAACGGGAGCAUCACAUUUUGCAAGAUCUGUUCGUAAACAAAGCGAUCCAUGUUACCUCGGAUGCGGUGUAGUGGUCUGACCCCAUGACUGCUGAAGCAGGACCAUACCAUCACGUUGCCGCCACCAUGUUUUACGGUGGGAGUUUGAUAUUUUGGGUCGAAUCUGGUCCCUACUGGUUCUCUCACGUAAGAAAUUCCAUCCGAACCGAACAACAUGAACUUCCUCUCAUCACUCCACAAAACUCGUUCCCACUGACUUUGAGUGCAGUUGAGAUGAGCUCGCGCCCAGGCCACACGAGCUGCUCUAUUGCGGUCAGAGAUGGAUGAUUUCUUCACAGGUCUUCUGCCAAAGAGUCCAGCAUCAUUUAGGCGACGUCGGAUCGUUCUGACGCUGGCCACGGGUGAUCCACGGUGGGAAACCUGAUCGAGGACUUCGGUGGCACUCAGUCUAGGGUUGCUUCACGAUGCGCGUACGAUGUUUCUAUCCGUUAGAUGGUUCGUAACGGGAGCCCUAGAGUGUCUUCUCUUUACUGGCUGCUCAUUUUGAGCUCUCCAGCGCUUCAAAAAUUUUCCAACUGUGGAACGAUCGACAUUGAACUGCUCAGCGAGUUGCCUGUGAGUUCGUCCCUGCACGCGCCUCCUGGCAACUGCAAAUUGCUGGUUAGGGGUCAAAUCUACUUUUCCUUUAGUUUUUGUCAUUAUCUAAAUCAAAAAAUAUUGAAGACUCUGGAAAAUAUUGGCGUUGUAGCUUCCAAAAAAAAUUGAAAAUACGAGCAAAAUCGUGAAAAUUGAAAAAAAAAAUUUUAGAGAAAAUAUUUCUUUCGCAGCACAGUGAAGACACUUUGCAGAAAGUACAUUAUAUAUGCCUGUAAUACGCAUAAAAAAUUUUGGCCCGGUUGCUCUUCUCUAAUAAAAGUUAUAGCGGAAAAACCAAAAGGGGAUAUUUCAGUGGCCGCUACUGUAGAUAGAGCGCUCACGUAAUAUUCGGAAUUCCGUGAAUGUAUUUUUUUAAAGUUCAUUCUUAUUCAUAUAAGUUUAACGGAUUCGAUUCCUAUUUAGUAGCGGGUUCAGUUUCAAAAUCCUGCGGAGCCAUUUGGACUACUUUGAUCAAAGUAUUUGAACAAUGAAAAACAAAAAGGCUGGUUCAUGCCUGACUAGUCCCCGCAAACGAACAAAGUGGUUGUCGUUUAUUUCCAGGAUGUUGCUCUAUUUGUGUUGCAGUCAAAAUAUUGAGUGUAACUGCUUGCUUUUCUAAUGCUCAUCGCAUUUUUUAUGUUUUAUAAGCUUUCUCUGACUUAUAAGUUCCAAGUUUUCAGGGUUUUCAGUGAAUUGGUGGACAUCAACGGUUUUCAGUUAAUGACUCCGGAACAACGGAGCAGUCUUUCUCGCAGGCUACUGCGUAUUCUCUGUGGCCGUCGACUUCCACAAACAUGGAAUACUGUACUUGUUCUUCUUUCAAUCCAUAUGUAUCUUACAGUUCCAGUAAUCUUAGCUGCUGGAAUCAAUGAAGAUCGAACAGGUACAGAGCUUUCAAGUGGUACUGGACUGGUUUGUGUUUGAGGUCUUCUUCGUCCUUUUCGGGAAAUCCAGCAAAGAGGGAUUCUGCUGGGAGAAAUCGACGAUGAUCUUCUUGAUUUGUUCUACGAGAGAUGUCAUGUUGCUUCGUGA